AUGUUAUUCAAGUCAUUAGUAAAUGGAAUGAUACGUUCCAGAAUAAUGACUUUACGGACCCCGAGACUCAUCAGACGAAAUUAUCGCACGGAAGGACCGCCUCAACCUUUUGAUAAUUUGCCCUUUUCGAUCCCUAACAGAUACGCGGCUACUUUGUUCUUUUCUGUAUUCUUCGGAACCGGGCUGUGGGCGCCAUUCAUUAUAGUGUGGUAUGCGAUGGCAAAGAGAACUAUGUAA